GCCCCCGCGGCGCCGGCGACCCAGGGCCAGGUGCUGCCGCCACCCGCCUGCCCGCUCGGCCCUCUCCCACCGCCUGCCCGCCCGCCGCCCUCCACAUGCAGGCCGCCGUCGCCCUCCCCGAGGAGAUCUGUUGGCUCCUGGAAGAUGCUGAGGAGUUCCUGGCAGAAGGUUUGCGGAAUGAGAACCUCAGUGCUCUUGCAAGGGACCACAGAGACCAUAUUCUACGGGGCUUUCAGCAAAUCAAAUCUAGGUACUUUUGGGAUUUUCAGCCUCAAGGGGGAGACCAAGCUGAAAAUUACCUUGGACAAGACAGCUCUGAUGACAAUCACAGUGGAACCCAUGGCCCUUCCUUCACAUCAGAUCCACCUUUUUUGCCAGAUUAUCAGGAUGAGGGAAUGGAAGACAUCACAAGAGGAGCUCAAGAGCUUGAUAAUAUCAUCAAGCAAGGAUACCUAGAGAAGAAAAGCAAAGAUCAUAGUUUUUUUGGAUCAGAGUGGCAAAAGCGAUGGUGUGUUGUCAGCAGAGGCCUCUUCUACUACUAUGCUAAUGAGAAAAGCAAGCAGCCCAAAGGGACCUUUCUCAUUAAAGGCUACACUGUACGGAUGGCCCCCUACCUGCGAAAAGAUUCCAAGAAAGAAUGCUGCUUUGAGCUGACCUCCCAGGAUAGACGCAGCUAUGAGUUUACAGCUUCUAAUCCCGCUGAAGCCAGAGACUGGGUGGAUCAAAUAAGUUUCUUGUUAAAGGAUCUGAGCUCCUUAACCAUUCCAUGUGAGGAGGAGGAGGAGGAGGAGGAGGGAGAGGAGGAAGAGGAAGAGAUGUACGAUGAUAUCGAUGGUUUUGACUCCUCAAAUUCCGGUUCCCAGAGCAGACCCAUUAUGUCGCCCGGGAGUAUGGGGCUCAAAGAGCCCACAGAGGAGAAAGAAGAAGAUGAUAUUUAUGAAGUUUUACCAGAUGAAGAGCUUGGUCUAGAAGAGGAUGAGAAUGGCACGCAACAAAAAGGAGUGGACUAUGCCAAUUACUACCAGGGCCUCUGGGAUUGCCAUGGUGACCAGCCAGACGAACUGUCCUUCCAACGGGGUGACGUCAUCCGAAUUCUGAGCAAGGAGUAUAACAUGUAUGGCUGGUGGGUAGGAGAAAUGAACAGCCUCAUUGGGAUUGUUCCAAAGGAGUACCUCACCACUGCCUUUGAAGUGGAAGAAAGAUGAAGCCCAGGACACCUGUCCUCUUUUCCCCCCUGCCUUUAUGAAGACACUGAUCAUCGAGAGCUCCCAUUCCCCACCCCCGCCAGCCCACCAACAGGCCAGGCUCUUCUCUUUUCGGAAGAAACCCAAGUCUCUAUAAACCACCACUGAGACAAAUGAGAAGAAGCAUAUUCAGCAGACCUGCUACUGAACCUGCCUCCUCAUCGCUGACCCAGUCUCUAAACAGUCCACACACCCACCUCAGCCUUUUCCGCAGGCUUGUCACGGAGAAGGUGAGAGAGAAGGAAACCUUUGGAGGAGGAAGUUGCUGGUUGCUCUGGCUGCUUUGAAAAGCAUGAAUAAACCUCAGAUUUGGUUCCUGCCCUGCA